AUGGCAUAUCAUUUAGGAGCAAAAUUUCCAAAUUUUACAGCCAAAGCUUCAGGAAUAGAUGGGGAUUUCGAAUUAUAUAAGUAUAUAGAAAAUAGUUGGGCAAUAUUAUUUAGUCACCCAAAUGAUUUUACCCCAGUAUGCACAACUGAAUUAGCUGAAUUAGGAAAAAUGCAUGAUGAAUUUCUAAAACUUAAUUGUAAAUUAGUAGGAUUUAGUUGUAAUUCAAAAGAAUCACAUGAACAAUGGAUAGAGGAUAUAAAACAUUAUGGAAAAUUAAAUAAAUGGGAAAUUCCUAUUGUUUGUGAUGAAUCAAGAGAACUUGCUAAUAAAUUAAAAAUUAUGGAUGAGGAAGAAAAAGAUAAAAGUGGUUUACCAUUAACAUGUAGAUGCCUUUUUUUUAUUUCCCCUGAAAAAACAAUUAAAGCAACUGUAUUAUAUCCAGCUACAACAGGCAGAAAUGCUCAAGAGAUUUUAAGAGUUUUAAAAUCUUUGCAACUUACUUCUAAAACACCAGUAGCUACACCUGUUAAUUGGAAUGAAGGUGAUAAAUGUUGUGUCAUUCCAACUCUUCAGGAUGAUGAAAUAUCGAAACAUUUUAAAAAUGAAAUAACCAAAGUUGAUAUGCCAUCAAAAAAAAAAUAUCUCAGAUUCGUUGAUUUAUGA